AAUGCUAUAAUAACAAUAACUAUAAAUGCAAAAAGCUCUAAAAUAACUGUGACCUUACACUAGUAUUUAUUUGGUCUUACUAACAUGGUACCUGGCACCCCAGGAUUUUAGCGCAGUACACCUGUUUCAUGCUUUUGGAUUUCCUUGAACAAUGCAUCCUUCUCAAUUAUGUAUAUAGCAUUACAUUGUUUUGUUUGUUCAACCAAGUAAUCUGACGACAUACAUAGAUGGCCUUGCAGUUGAGGCUCGUAAAUAUAGAACUUUGGAUUUAAGUAAAGAAUAUCUUCGGUUCGGGGUGGAGGGGAUUUUCAAAAUUCGGUUGAAACUACGAAAUUACAUUCUUACACUAGUGUUUAAGCUAACUGAGCUGAAUUUGGAAUGCUAUAGCAUUACACAUGGUAUAAGCUAUGCUACACUAAACCUGGGAUGUCACAAAUGUAGUGUUGGCAUGAUGUGCCUCCUCUUUAGGUCUGUUAUUGCUCACCAGCACCACAUUUUCUUAGCAUUUUUCUUUUAUUUUUGCAUGAUUAAAAUUUCUGUUUGAUAAAGAUGUGCGGCAGCCUUUUGCACGAUAACAUUGCAACACUGACUGACAGCAUGCGCAAGUCCUAUGAUAAGGUGGUGGGGAGUCUUAUGGAGGAUACAGAUAUACAGUCAAGGAACCGUUCUAGACUUUGGACAAGUUAUGAAAGGUGCUUCUUCCAUUUGACCAGCAGAUCCAUUCUACAGCUGUAUGAAAAAGCAUACAACAGUAAAACAAACUUACUGCAAAUCAUUUUAAGCCAAGCAAGUCUUGAGGCUUUGCAGAUUAAUGAUGCAUGGAUUCUAAACAUUAUGGGGCUUUAUAGAUCAAAUAAAGAACAGAAACAGCCUACAAAUAGUGGACCUAGUGUCGCCAGAUCAAGACUUAAUGAAAGAUGUGAGUCUGGUAUAAGUAUGACAGAUGACCCUCCAUCAGUUAAGACAACCCUAUGCAGAGAAGAUUCACAGGCCAGUACAAGCACUAUUGGUCGACACUCCUCUUUGUCUCCUAAUGACUCUAACUUGUGUCCUGGAUCAAGUAAAGCAGAAAAACGCAAAUCUAGACCAAAUCGUGGCAGUGCAAUUAUUGAUGGAAUGUAUGUGCCUACUUCAAGUGCAACUUUACCAGUUGGUGUAGGCCUCCAAAUGUCACCUAAUGUUAAGGACAGAAGAGUGUCUCCUGAAAGAUCUUAUCCAUCUCUAAGCCAGAAGGACAAAAUGAAUGGAGGCGCUUCUUUACUCUCAAGAAUCGUUAUCACACCAGUGACUAAAGAUGAUGGAAUAACUGAUGAUUCUGGUGUGUUUUGCGAACGUUUAAAUGGUGAACUUUGUAAUCAAAAUUCACAUAAGCCAUUGAAACUGAAAAAUUCAGUUUUUUAUGAUGAUCACCAGACAAAUGGACCAAUCUCUUUAUCAGGAAUACUACUCCAAGAAAUACCAGCAAAUUCAAUUCCUAAACAUCGAGGGGGUAUUGAUCUGGAGGAAUUUCUUGAAAGCUAUGGGACUGCCUUUCAAUAUUUAAAUCUUGCUGUUGAAGACAGGGUGCCUGUUUCAAAACUGCAGUGGUUGUACAGGUGUAUAAAAGAAGUAAAUACAGUUGCAGAACAGAAAUCCAAGCAAAUCUCUUGUGCCAAGACUCAUAUGCUGAGCGGUGAAGAUCUUUUAACUGCUCUAAUACUGUUUCUACUCCAUGGCGAUCCUCACAUUGUGGCAAAACUGUACUAUCACCUUGCUUUUCUUCAAGACUAUAUGCCACCUUUCCUGGAGAUCAACCAGCAUGGCUUCACAGUCACCCAGUUCUGGUCUGCUCUUAGUUACAUGCAAUGUCAGGUUAAAGUAAGUCUAGCACAGACUUCCUAAGGAGUUUCCAAUGGCUCUUUUAUGAGAUGAUAUAUUUUAAGUAGUUUUCCAAUCUCCUGGGAGAGUGGGUAAAUUAAAGUAAUAUACCAAUAAAUAUUAAAUAGGCAAUAACAACAUUUCAUUGGCCAAUUCCACCCAGUAAGGGGUGUGGUAGUUUCGACUACUUUCAUGUGCGGGAAAAAGUACUACCCGAAAUCGGCUACCAUACCCUGCCCAGCAGUGGUGCCAGAGGUUUACAGAUGAGGGGCCGGCAUGUCUGACGGAGGUGUCCGAGCCAAAGGGCUGACGAAGCCUCGGUUGAGUGCCCGGAGUAAAAACUUUUUUUUUUUAUAGUUUUUAUGGCUUAUGGUCCAAAAUGUGCUUUUAAACCACAAUAUUAGAGAUUGGCUGUCAAAAUAACGUUAUUUGGAUAAGCAAAUUAUUAUUUUUUUAAAUUUUUAAUCUGACCACCUAGUUGUGAGUCGCACAACCGGGUAUCCAGGCCUGUCCAACAUGGGAGUAAAUGCAGUAUAUAAGGUCUGUGAUGUUUUGGAGAAAUUAAUUGCUAAAAGUUGACGCCUAUGCCUGUUCAAACAAGUCAACGAGAGCGUUGUUUAUUAGGCUUUCAUAACCUCAUUGGUUGCCAAAAUGGCAUUCAUAAAAGAUGAACUGAGAGUGAUUUUAUUUAAUUUUUGGAUUCCCUGAACAUUUGGUAUUGAAUAAUUAUUUAAGGAAUAUUUAAAGAAAAUAGGAUUGUCUAACCUUGGUACAUUGUUGAGAACACAAAUUCCCAGGCCUAUACAGACAAACCUAGGCUAGAUGAAAUAACAAGGAGAUUUGACAUAGACUGGAAAAUAUUGACCCAUUAAUUUUAAAAUUGCCCUUCUGGUAAUUUAUUAAAAAAAUAAUAUCUUUUCAGGUCAUUACUUUUCAACAGUGCAAUGAAAACUUCACAAAUUGCUUAUUAAUAUUUUAUGCAACGCUUACAUAAAUGUGCUUAUAAUAUGGAUACAUUUUUUUGAUCCAGUAUACGCACACACUUGCAUACAUAUUAUUAAUAUGUAUAUAUAAACUAUGAAUGCAUUAAAACUUGCACCGUAUGAUAUUUGAUAUAAUGUUGCGGACUUUCGUGUUUAGAGAUAUAAGCAAGUGAAAAACUGUAAAAACUUGAAAAGUUAUGGUUCAAAUUUCUCAAUGUUGUUUAAGUACUGUAAUAUAAAAUACCUGAUAUUUAGCCAAAGUGCAUAUUGUUAAAAAAAAAAUUUCAUCAACAUUAAGAAUAGAAGGCUAGAAUACUUUCCUGACUAUUUCCAUGUAAUUAUUGCUAACCCAAUGAACAUUACAGGCAUAUGUGUAUUAUGUAUGAAUUGAAAAAGUAGUAGUAUCAAAAUAUCAAAUGAUGAAUACUCAAUGAAUGAUGCAUAAUUGUCACUUAAGACAAAGUAACAUAAUUUUAAGGAAUAUUCCAAGUUGUAUAGUGUAUAUAUUUGUUAAAGGAGAUGUAAAAAAUGUGAAAAAAGUUGAUUUUCUUAAUUUUUUUGCUUUUACAUAGAAAUACCUUGAAAUUAUUUAAUCUGUUCUGAUAUCUUAACAAUUCUACUACAAUUUUGAAGUGAUCUAUUAUUUCGUCAUUUAUAUUUUAGUUUCUUCCAUAAGAGCCUCAGAAUUUGAAUACAAGAUAAGAUAAUAUUGUAUUCAGGACUUGUUGCUGAGUCUCUGUUUUUGUCAAGGCAUGUUGCCAGGGCAUAAUGCCAUAGAUGUGCAUGUUAAAUCUUAUACAGGAAUAAAGACUGAGAAUUUACAA